AUGGAUGAAGACUACUCUGCAGGUUCCCAGGAUGCCGACCGCGAGAUGACCCGGCUCUGGCGCACAUUCAAGACAGUACAUGAGCUGCUGGCGGACCGAGGCUACUCUAUCAUCGAAGAAGAACUCCAAAUCUCUCUGGACGACUUCAAGCGAAAAUAUGCCGACCCUCUUGGAUACCCCGACCGCAACAAAAUGAAAAUCACGGCCGCUCCCUCCGACGCCAUGCUCGCCAAAUACACACCCCUGCCCAGCAAAUCGAACCCGAACCCCCAACCCGACUGCGGCACCAUCUACGUCGAAUUCUGCGCCGACUCGUCCGGCGUCGGCACCAAGCAAGUACGCGCUUUCAACCACUGGGUCGACGAGAACAACUUCCACACCGGCGUUUUCAUCACCCAGACCCCCAUCUCGCCCUCCGCUGUGCGCCUCCUCAGCGGCGUCCCCGGCCGCAUCUGCGAGCACUUCCAGGAGCAGGAUCUGCUGGUCAACAUCACCCGGCACGAGCUGGUGCCGAAGCACGUCCUGUUGAGUCCUCAGGAGAAGGCGCGCUUGUUGGAGCGCUACCGUCUGAAGGAGUCGCAGCUGCCGCGCAUUCAGGUGUCCGAUCCCGUGGCGAGAUAUCUGGGUCUGCGGAGAGGUCAGGUCGUGAAGAUUAUUCGGAAGAGUGAGACGGCGGGUCGGUAUGCCAGUUAUCGCUGGGUUAUUUAG